GCUCAACAGAAGCAGCUACAUGUGAAACGCGGGACUAAGCCUCCGGACAUUAUUUGAGAGGAGUGAGGAAAUGAAUAACUUCUCAUCCAUUGCAUGAAGAGUUUGACACCACUGAAUGGGAUGGCAUAGCUCAAGGCAGAGGAGCUGCCAUGGACGCCCUGGCUGCAGUACAGCUCUCCUCAGUGAAAGACUUUGACCGAAUAGUGGAGGUCAGAGCAGAGAAGCACGAACACCUGCGAGGACGCAACAACGUGACUUCAUGUCGCAGCCCCACGAGAGAGUUCAACACAAAAGUGAUCAAAAAUGAACUGAAAGACAAAAGGCAGCUGGAGUUUCUAAAGAGGAGAUCAGUGAGCCCGGAGGUGUGUGGUCUGGAAUCUACAAGAACGAAAAGUUCACCAAAGACGUUUUCAAUUAAACAUCAUAGUUAUAGAAGCAAAUAUCAAAUGAAUACAAAUAUCCCAACUAUUUCUAACGGACAUAAUAAGGUGAUUGUAGCGACAGACAGCAGCAUAUCUGAUGGUCCAAGCACCAGCACAUGGGCCUCCCUAUGGUCAGAGCAGCUGACGAGGUACGAUAAAGGCCAUCCAAGGAUACAAGCAUCUACCUCCACACCAGUGAUAAAGGAUUCAAACCAGCACAGGAUGAGAAGAGAGAACAGUACAAAAGCUCAAAAGACAAGCGUCAUCAAAACGGAAAACAUUCACCAGACAUUCUCCAAUCAAACCACAAAUAUUCUACGAAACAAAUCCCUUCGAGAGGCGGGUGUGCAGACAGCGUCUGGCUUUAUCACUGUCAAGGAAUCAGAUGUUCAGCAGUUGGCUGAGUACUUGCAGGAGGCCCUGUGGAGAGAGGAGACCAUGAAGAAGAAGCUGACAGCACUCCAGGAGAGCACGUCAAACCUCAUGAACUCCUCAAUGAAAAUAUGGACGGCUCGCUGCAGUGAAGACCUGCUGAGAAACAAGAUCAAGGCUCUGGAGGCACAGCUGCAAGUCUGCCUGCAGAAGUUUCCAAAAGAUGGAGUGAAGAAACAGGUGGUGCAGAUGGAGAAGCAGAAACUGGUAUAUGAGGAGAAGGCCUUGGUUGCCCUUCAGAGGAUCACACAGGAGAAGAGUGAUGCACUCUGCAAGGCUGAGACACUGCAGGAAUCACUAAUACAAGCAAAGGCCGAGGCGCUGAAGUGGCAGAGCCUGUAUGAGGAGCUGAAGCUGAGCUCUGGUCAACUCAGGGAGAACCAGCACCUCAGUAAUGAACAGCUGCAGCAGCUACACAGCCAAGUGGAGCUGUCCAGGAGCAGAGAGGCCGAGCUGAGAGAGGAAGUGGUGUCAUUAAGACGAGAGAACAAGGACCUACAGUAUAACAUUGGCCUGCUGGAGGAGGACAACCAUAUCUUGAGAGGGGAAGUCCAGAACCUCAGAGAUGGUGGCAAUGAGAGCCAGGACAUCGUGAUGCAGGAUUGUCUGACAUCAGAGGAAGCAGAGCCACAACUGACGCUGAGGAGAGACUCUCAGACAGAAGAGCAGCUCCGUCACACUCAGGAGAAACUUCGGCUCAAGGAGACAGAGUGUGAGGAGCUGCAGACGGAGCUGCAGGCUAUGGAGCACGAGUGUCAGUCCAGCCAGGCCCGACUGUCGCAGUGCAGGGAAGAACUCAGGCAACUCAGCAUCCGCCGCAGGAGACUGACACUCUGUGACGGCUGGUGGAAGGCGUGUGUGCUCCUCCUCCUCCUCUUCGCUGUGGCGGGGGUUGCCAUGAUGUGGUUGUGGCAUCCUCCUUUCAGGGAGCAAGUUGAAGACCUGUACUCAGAUAUAGAGACACGUAUUGAAAACUAUCUCCUGGAAAUGGCUUCUCCUCAACACUCAGGCUGUUUUAGACCAAUAUGACAACAUCCCUGCUCAGGAAUAUUAUUUUCUUAUUGCUGUUGUUUAAAAAAAAGAUUUUUACUGGAUGUAGUAUGUUGAUAUGUAUUUCAUAUGAUUUUGUAAGAUAAUGUUGUGUUGACAUGAUCAGGAUGUACUGUGUUUGAGUGUGUGUGCAGAAUA